AUGUGGUACAUGGAGCUCGCCAUCGGCGGCGGCAAGGUCCGCGCCGGCUGCGACGGCCGCCUCGUGUGGCGCCACACGCCGUGGCUGGGCGCCCAUGCCGCCAAGGACCCCGUCCUCCCCGCCCGCCCGCGUCGGCCUCCGCGCCCGUGCCCCGCAGGCCACCGGCCGAGGGAGCAAGCGAAGGGCCAGCGUGGCCCCGCGGCUUGCCUCGCCGCGCCUCACCGCGAUGCGCCGCUCAGCUUCGCCGUCCUCGGCGCCGCGAUGCUGGCCGCGGAGGAUAGGCGGAGGGCGCUGAGCCUGCCGCCGCCAGCUGACCACGCCUCCGAGGACGGGGUCAUCGCGUCGCUCAGGGGAGGGAGGGAGGGAGGAGAAGCAAUGGGCGGCCAGUCCAGCAACCUCGGGGCGUCGUCUUCAAGCACGAGGAAGCUGGAGGGGAAGCGGAAGCAGAGUGCUACCAGGGCCGACAAGGCCAAGAAGCCCAACGUCACGGCGCGUCCCAGUGGCUCCUCCGUCCCCGUCGUGCCAACGAACUGCCCCACGAGCCACGCCAUGGCGGUGGCGUUCCCCAUGGCCGGCGUCAACGGCGCCGCGCCGCUCUGGAGCACUGCAGCCGCACUGGGUGCGGCGACCGGAGCCGCGGCGGCGUUGGCACUGCCAGCUGCGGCCGGCGCCAAUGGGCUCGCCGCGCCGGCGGCAGCAAGUAUCGUAGCGGCGGCGUCGGCACCGCCGGCAUCCAGGUUCGAUAAUGGCGUCACGGUGCCCCUGGCGCUGUCGCGAGCAGCCGGCGGCCGGGACGUGCCUCGGCCGAUCCGAGUCGUUGGCUACGAAGUAGAGCUGGUGACGGGGAGAAGCCUGUGA